CCCACACAAUCCCUAAAUCAAUGCCAAUAUUCUAUUGUAUGAUUAAACAGAGUGAAGAACAACAACAGAUUGUAUUGUACACGAAGAGUCACAGCAAUCUACAAUUUCAUACUCGUCAGAUCUGAUUAUCUGACAACAUCUUCGUUGAAUCGAAGCUCGAAACAUUAUCCGGUGACCUAAAAAUCAGUUGUUUUUAGCUGCAAAACCACUAGGGAGCACUCACAAUGGACGCUUUGAGGAAGCAAGCGAGUAAGCUCAGAGACCAAGUCGCCAAACAACAACAGGCUGUAAUAAAGCAGUUUAGUGGAACUGGUUAUGAAAGUUCAGAUGUGAUUGUUAUCGAUGAAGUUGAGAUGCAUAGACACCAGCAACUAGAGAAACUGUACAGGUCUACUCGUGCAGGAAAGGAAUUUCAGAAAGAAGUUGUUAAAGCAGCGGAAACAUUUUCAGCUAUAGGGUAUAGGCAUAUUGAAGCAGGAAACAAGUUGUCCGAGGAUUGUUGCAAAUAUGGAGUUGAGAAUGACCACGACAACAUUCUAGCUAAGGCUGCAUCUAUAUACGGUGAUGCCCGCAAACAUGUUGAAAAAGAGCAAGAAGACUUGAAUCGGCUAUUAUUUUCACAGAUCUUAGAACCCUUGAGAGCAAUGAUAAUUGGUGCUCCUUUGGAGGAUGCUCGUCACCUGGCUCAACGUUAUAGUCGAAUGAGACAAGAAGCAGAGACACAGGCAGCAGAGGUUUCCAGAAGACAAGCACGUGUUAGGGAACUUCCUAGUCCUGAAAAUGUGUCAAAGCUACAUGCCGCAGAAGCUAAAAUGCAGGAAAUUAAAGCCAACAUGGCAGUUCUGGGUAAAGAAGCAGCUGCUGCAUUGGCUGCUGUAGAAUCACAGCAGCAGAGGCUGACAUUCCAGAGGCUUGUCGCAAUGGUUGAUGGAGAAAAGACAUAUCAUGAGAGAGUAGCUGCUAUUCUUGGUGAGGUUGAAGCUGAGAUGGUCUCGGAGAAACAAAGGAAAGAGUCUGCUCCUCCUGUAAUUCCCUCUAACCACUUCUCAGAGAAAACAAAGUACUUCUUGGCUGAGGCAGUGCAUGCUUUUGAUGCAUCAUCUGAGAAGGAACUGAGCUUGGCAGUGGGCGACUAUGUUGUUGUCCGGAAGGUGAGCUCAUCGGGAUGGUCAGAAGGAGAAUGUAAAGGGAGAGCUGGGUGGUUUCCAUCAGCAUAUGUAGAGAAGCGCCACAGGAUUCCCAACAGUAAUGGGUCUGCUGAUAUUUACUAAAUUUGUGCCCUAGUGUUUAGGAGACUCUGGUUGAUGCAAAAAAGUUUAUAUAGUUCAUUAUGCGCAUGUACUCUUUCAAAUUCCUUCUGAAAUAUACCACCACAAUUGUUGAUUUCUUUAUUUUUUCUUAUUGUUGUUGUUGUUGUUAUUAUUAUUAUUAUUUUGGUAAAUGAUAUAUAAAAUCUGGAUCAAUAUUUGUAUUAUGAUGCUUUGCGAAGGAAGGUAAUUAUUAGAUGAUU